AUGGUAUCCGACGAGACGUACGAGCUUUGCCUCCCCAUCCUCCAGGAUCUGACUAUCGAGGAUGAGGACAAGACGGACAAGCUGGAAGAGUUGCUGAAGGAAAAGACGAGCCUGGUUGGACAAGUCCUUGAGAAUGCCAUAUUGGAUGCGCUGUGGAGAUUCCGUGAUGGCGGGGGGAGCGCGACCUCCCCUCCACCCAUCCGGCAGACCAUCUUGCGUCGUCCAUCACCGGCCUCGUGGCGCGGCUCCGGGACCCCGCUCUCGGGUUCCCCUCGCUUAGGCGUCAGCCCACUUGCCCCGCCUGGCUUCGUGCCGACAACGUUCAGUCGGGCUAAAUCGUCGACGGCUGCCUCGCCCUUUGGCUCGCCCCGGCCGUCUCCCCGGCUGGCCUUUGCUGCUCCUGUUCCGCACAGCCCGAGCCUGAAUGCUUAUCAGUUCGCCAACGACGAUGCUCCGUCGCAAGAAGUGUUUGGCGACUACCAGUCCGAUAUCGUGGACUGGCUUGUGGCGGACGACGCUGUGAACGUGACUUCUUCUGCUGGCGGCUCGAGCGGGCUGAACGUGGCCGCUCCCGAGUUCGUUUCGUCGCAGCAAAACGACAUGACGCCCUACGACAUGCUAAGGUCCAUCUUGGGUCAGUCCAAGACGGAUGAGGAGAUAGGCGCGGCCCUUGCCAUGCACGGCUACGAUCUCGGAGCUACGGUCGCUGCCAUUAUGGACACGCAGAUACAGGAUAGUCUCGCUCUCGCUGCCCAGGCCGAAGAGGCCCGAGUGGUAGUGAUUGGCAAGUCGAUGACUCCGGAUGCGCGUCCGACAACUCCAGCCGACCAGCAGAAGUCGACUGCUAUCUGCAAAUUCUUCCUGUCUACCGGCCAGUGUCUACGGUCAGACUGCCGAUUCAGCCACGACUUGACCAGUCACAUAUGCAAGUACUGGGUUGCGGGUAACUGUUUUGCUGGCAACACUUGCAUUUUCUCACACGAUCCUUCUCAUCUCGCAAACAGGCUUCAAAUUGACGGCUCAAGCACACCGCCCACUCAGCACGCAUCAGUCAACGUACAGGACUACAACAACUUUCCUUCGCUGCAGCCUGCGACGCCGGAGCAGCUACCUGUUUUUGCUGCCGCGUCCGGCUAUCCUUCGGUUGGGAUCACCCCGCCGCCUGGGUUCAAGGGGCACCACGGAUAUCCUGGGGAACGUCCGCGCUCGCGACCGGGAAGCCGGCAUCAGCAAAAGGAGACUCCACAAGCAGCCCCAUCUCCGGACGAUGCCGAUGCGUUUCCGUCUCUCGGGUCGGUCUCGGCAAAGCAGGGCAAGAAACAUCAUGGCAAAAGAGGCGGGCACGGCCACGGUCCCAAGGAAAACCUGCUACCAAGCACGCUUGCAGAUAUUGUCAAAAUGUCGCCGUCGCCAACUCUAGGGCCGGUGCGGCAAGAUCGUAAAAUUACGAGAAACGGUAGCUCAACUAGCGUCCGUAACGGAGAAAACAGCGCAGCAGCGCAGGCGAUCCCAAAUCCGAGGCAUAUCCCCUGGCUUGAGACGGGUGACAAAGCAAACAAGGCUUAUCUCAAGGCGCGCCAAGAGGCCAUCAAGCAUGGCGGUCUCAGGAACAAGUUUUUACAGAGUGCUGCUCAAGCUUGGAACCGUAACGACGCGCGGGCGGCCAAGGCUCUAAGCCUGCGGGGACAAAGUGAGAACGAUCUGAUGAGGAAAGCGCACCGCGAAGCUGCCAACCAGCUGUAUGAGGAACGCAAUAAGGACAAGGCCCAAUACCCAGAGGUCUACGUGGAUCUGCACGGGCUCCACCCCGACGAGGCGGUGGAAUAUCUCGAAGGUAUCUUGAUGGAGAACGUCAAGGAGAACAGGCCGAUCUACGCGAUUACGGGAACGGGACACCACAGCAAGAACGGCAAGGACAAAGUGGGCAAGGCUCUGCGGAGUUUCUUGAACGAGUGGCGUUAUGCGUACCGUGAGUUCUCGGUUCCGGGCGACCGGAACAGUAUGGGCGGGAUCCUGGGAAUCGACGCGCGCAGCUGGGACAAGUCGCUCUCUAGGGAUGGAGCGACGCUGGCUAAGAAGGACGACGAGAGCAAGGAAGAAGUAGACAUUCUGGCCCAGGGCGUCGAGAUCGGAGAAGGCAAGGUUAAACUGCUAGUUAGGGACCCAUCGGCGCUGAAGGAACCGCCAAAGGGACCCUCUGGGAAUCGGGGCAGGUGA